CAUAGCAGGGCUGGCUGUGUGUGCUUUUUAGUGCAUGUGAGUGCGUGUGAGUGUACCCCACUGGUUAGCUCAUGGCUGCCGUUCUGCACUGCCCUCAUACGGUGGUUACAACUGAAGACACUCUCCCGACCGCGGAAGUGUAGCCUCCUGAGGUAAACAUGUUAGCUCUGUCAGCGCUGUUGCCAUUGUUUGCAUGGUUAGCACCGUUAGCUGCAAGCUGCCGUCUCAGCCGUCGCCAUGUUGAGAGCCAUAUUGGGGCAAUAGAUAUGCUCAAAAUGUUGGGUUGAGCACUAUUAAAAUCAAAGUCCUUUGUGUUCUCCAUUGUCGUGUAAUUACAUUAUUAUGUACAUUAAUAUGGCAUUAGAAAAAUGUUUUUUCAGUUGCAUACAAUAUAAUGAUGGUACAUUUAGUAACAAAAAUAUUUGUUUUUCUGAUGUGUGCUUGGUGCAAAUGUCACCUUGGAUUAUUGCUGAACAUACUGACUCACAAGCAAACAAACAGCCUUACGUGCAGUCGAUACAAAGGGACUGCGGUUGGCAUACAAUGAACUGCAGACUAUACAUCAUCCUUGAUAGACUUCAACUUAAGAUGGAUUUCUGUACUUGAGGUCACAACUGUCAUCUUUUCCCUCCAGCCACAGCAACAGCAACUGGCUGCUGUCUUCAGCUGCUGAAUCUGCCUCUGUGGCCUGAUAAAUGUACUAAUCCUUCACUUUCCCCAGCCCACUUCUGUAACCUAUUAAAACUCACGAUCCAUAUGAAAUUGGCAUUCAGCAGAUUAGUUUAUGGAAACAGGGCAUAACAAGGCACUCAGACAGCUUCAGUGUUCUGCUUAGCAAUAAUAGUCAAAGCCAUUGUAACUAAACCAUGUAAUUAGCAGACUUGUAGAGAAAUAAGGGGUUUUACAUGCGUGUCAAAUUUUGUGGUGACAUUAAAAGCCUACCUUGACUAACAAGGUAGGCUUUAAGUGUAUUUGACGAGCUCCAUGUGAUGCUGCUUUUCCUUCACAGACUCUUUACUUGUUUCUCUGUAUAAAUUGAUUUCAAAAAUCCAGCUUUUGGUCUCAAAUUCACAACACGACUUCAAAAUAAUUCUAUUUAAGUUAACUUCAGCAAAUCCAAGGUAAGGCGAGUUUAUUUAAACAGCACACUUCAUUACAAGAAAGCAUAAUGUGCUUGUGUGAAGACCAACCCACCCAAAGACAUUAUGAGGCAAUUGUGGCUAAUGUUACCCCUUAUUUAUUAUGAUUAUAAAACAAAAAGACCAACAAACAAAAAAGAGCAGUUUCUCAGCAAUCACGGGUCAGUGGGAAGUUAAUGUGUUUUGUCAGUUGGUCCAUUAUUAGACAGUCUGUGUGCAAUAGUGCUCCCUCAUCUAGGACUUGCAAUCUCACUAACUGUAUCUGCAUAUACAUAAGCUAGAGUAAUGCUUGUAUGUAGGCAGGAUCCUUAUUGUUUUGUUGUUGCAUUUGAUAUGCUUUGCAAAUGCACUGGUGAUCUCUCUGUUCCUAUAUGCCUCGCACACACAAACAAACCUCCUCAUUUCCUUUCCUUUUUAUUUCUCUCUGUCUACCCUUUUUCUUCACCUCCUCUCUAUUCCUGGCUCGCUCUCUGGUCAUUGUACUACAAAGCAGCAGUCUCUGCAUGCUCAGCAAAAGAAAGCCUUUACAUUUCCUUCUUUGCUCCUCAUUCAUUUUGAUAGAUUGUUCACUCACUUUCCUUAGUGUUCAGUGAAUCAAGAUCUGCUCACUAAGGAUCCUAUAGUGAAGGAACACACUGUCCCUUUUAUGUUUUUCAAGAUAUGCAGCUGUAAUGCAGAUACUUAUAUUAAUGACAUAUGUAUGUAUUCAUUUCUCUUUUGAUUUGAUCUAUAUACAGUCCUCAUUACACAGUGGGCGCUAUUGUUGUUUGUUUAGAAUGAUGUUAGAUAUUUUUGUCUUCUUUAUUGUCCGCUUGAAAAACAAGCAAAAGUGUGACUAUGACAUGUAAUAUAAUAAUAAUAUAAUAAAUAAUGUAAUAUAGUCAAUUACCAAAGAUUUUCACAUCCCAACUCAAUGACUCUUUUGGAGAGUUUACCGUGGAUCAGGAUCGGCAUUCUAAACCCGUCCCUCGCCCUAAAUAAACAGACGCAGUAAAUAAACAGUGAAACAGGUUAAACGUGCAGCGCUGACCUCUGCAAAGGCUGCAGGCUGGUUGCUAUGGUGUUAUGUGUGGUUGCCAGAGUGUUUUUAGGGAGUACCGUUGGUGAGAUCUACAGUUCACGUUACCUCUCUGCUAUCAGGUUUAAAGACUGAUUAACUCACUCGAUGGUCAUUAAUUCACAGGAACUGCAUUGCAAAUGAAUAUUGAAACGCACCACGGGCUGUGUUCAACAUCACACAUAAACUACCUAUUGCACUAGAUAUGCUGCUAACAAAACAAACAAAAACCCAAACUGGACUAAUUUAAUCUUGGCAGAAGCAAUAAUAGCAUAACAAGUUAUAAUAGAGAAGAUUUUCAUAACAGAAAAUACAUAUUUUCAGCCACCCAGCCAGUCAUAAUAAGGUAAAUUAUUGCAAAGCUUUGGGGCAAAGGCUAGUUUUCAGUUUUCUUUGGGGUUACAGCUAAAAGAUUUAAAAAAGUACAGCCUCAGAAAGUCCACAGUAUAUGCUGGGUUGUUGUGUGCAUUCCCUUGUAAGUUAUUAAAAGACUCUUAAAAACUAUUUCAAAACAUACUUGGAGCAAGUAUAAGGGUCUCCAACAGAAGAUUUUGCGAUUUAACAUGAGUUAAUACACAUAGAAGGUAACAUAUAUAUUAAUAAGUUAAUUAAAUGGAUGUACGUUCCAAUGGCUUUGAUACAAAACUGAUUCAUGGCAUCAUCAAGCAAGUUUUUUUUACCGCAAUAUUAAGAUAAGAUGACAGCACAGCUUUUCACAAAGAUUGCUGACCUACUGAUUCCUAAAAUCUUUAGUCUGAGGAUAUCAAGCAUAAUCAUUCAUGAGGGGAAUCAUUAAUGUAUGACGAAUCAUUGUGUAGUAACUUGCUAGGAAAAGAGUAUUAAAAAGAAAAAGACAAGUACUCUGUGCCCAAUUUCUCACCAAACAGAGCCAAAAUGAAGUGAAUGUUCUGGUUGAAGAGGAUGUAUACUAAAAGGCAAACAAAAAUACAAUCCCUAUAGAAAAUCAAAAAUAUGCAAAACAGAUAGGCUAUUUCUUUCCUGGCAUAUAUUAUUCUGCAACGCCCAAAUGUUUGAUGUAAUAAUGAAUAUAGAGAGGCUGUUUUGCAAAGCUGGAGUCCAGCAUAAAGUAUCAUCAUUCUCGACAUUUUGAGGAGGUUAAGUUGUUGCCACAACUGUCCAUUACAGUUUGCAGUCAUAGCAACAGUAAAAUCCAUUACGCAUUUCUGCUGGCGCUUUCUUUAAUGUUGAAAUAAUGAGCACGACAAGUAGAUUGAAGCAAGCCAACAACAAAGACAGGGCUUCCUCUAUGGCCAACUAUCCUGCUGAUGCCUUUUCAGGCUCAUCAUUAAAAUGAGGCUCCAGAGAGAAGAGGGGAGAACACCUCAGCUAAGCAAAAAUUGUAUUGUCUUCUGUGGCGAUGGCCCACUUCCCUCUCAGGUCCUGGAUCAGGUAUUACUUUUGAAUGCCACAGCUAGGCCGGGAGGUAGACUGUUCAAGUGGCUCACCUGGCACUCUUGUGUUUUGUAUCAAUCCAAAGCACAGAACAUUUAGUAAUUGUGAUUGUUCAAAUUGAAGACAGUGCUGCUCUUUCCCUCUUGUUGGUGGGGGUUUCACCGCAUGGUAAGCAGCUCUGCUGUUCUUCCUUUCCCGGAGACAUGCUGAGGCUAGUAAGCUCAACUAAACAAGCAAAUGGAAUCUAUUUUUGACAGCGCCUUGUGCAGGCAACAAUAUGCAACCUACUGUCACAUGCAGUGUGUUUUCAGUGUAGAGUGCACACAGCCUGCCAAGACAAGAAGAGAAUACCAUGCUUAAUCGAGGUGUGAAUCUGGAGGAGAAAAUUCUGUGUGAGUUGAGCAUCCAGAGGCCCUCCUUUAACCACUGAACUCUGAACCUUUUGUUUAUGUGCCUGACCUCCUUAAGAAAUCUGAAAUCUCUGUGAGUUUGCAAGUUGUCAGCUCUGCACAGACCAUAAUAAUAAUAAUAAUGAUAAUAUGGAAUCGGAGAGUAGUUCUGUUUAUGUUCUGCUACAUCGUUAUCUGAUCGGAUUCUGCCAGCCGUACCGUUAAUACAUAUACUGCUGUCUGUCGGUGGAGCAACUGCGCGUUUCAGCGCCUUCAUAUUUGUCAUCCUCUCCUUCCCUUACACCGUCUAAGCCAGGCUUAUUUUAGGUGUUGUCGUUUUGUAGCCUAAUGAAAUCAACCAAACAUCACAACUGCAGGCCAUGCCUUUCAGAGGAUGCUCGCAUUAUGAGUAAUUAAUCUGAAAGUGCUAUGAUUAAUCCUGCUACUUUAGCCCCUCGGGCGAGACUGGAUGUCUGUGAAAAAUCUCCUCUCACGAAUCCUCCUGAGAACGCACAGCACACAUUUAGGUUUCUUUAGUCUUUAAACCGCUGUCGACGUCUUCUCACAUCACGUCGCUUUUUAGGCCCCUUGACUUUUUCUACAAAGGAAUUGAAACAUUUUCAGUUCAUGGUUUCUAAAAUAUACAUUAUUCCAUACAUGCAAAAUAAUUAGAUUAUGCAAAUGCAUAACUGAGUGGUGGAAUAGGUUCAAAAUAGCCUGUAGGAAAAUGUAAAAAAUCAAAUCAAAGGUUUGUCGGACUGGAAGCGCAGAAGUCGCAGCUAUAUGAGAUUCUGUUUUCAAAAUCCAGCAGAAGUCGAUUGCUAUUCAAUUAAAAAAUAAAGCUUAUCAUCAACUAUAUCAUCACACAUCAAAUGCGCAUUUGAUGUGUAUCCUAUGAGAAUUGUCCAGGUGUGUGUUAAUAGGAAGAGCUGCGUGGGAUGCUCAAGGGCAACACAAGGUUACAAUCAGCCAGCCUCUGCCUUCUUGUUGUCCAGAUAGCAUGGCUUUUAUCAUGUUGAGCAACCCUCAAGCACGUAAAUUGAUGAAUGCAAGCCUUUCAUUGUAGACAGCUCACACCAAGAUAUCAUCCCUGCCUAAGAUGCUCACAUGCUGGAGAGCAUGGCAGUCCAAAUCACUGGCUAUAAAUCAUCCCACACCAGCUUCUCGUACCCAGUCCCUUCCCAGUUGCUGGGAAUGAAAUACUGGUUUUGUUUGGACCUGAUUGUGUGUGGGUUAGAGAUCAUUUCUAGUACUUUUCUUGUCAUGACUGCCCUUCUGUAAGCUGCAUAAAACUGGCUGAAGCCUUGACAGUAGAAGUAAAACUGACUUUUACCCUGUCAGUGGAUUAUUCUCAAGGCUAGGCAUUGCCUUCCCACACCAAAUAGUCAUUACUGUAAAGGCGUCUACAUGUUACAGCCAGGAAGUGCUCUGCAUCAUCGGUAUUCUCUGUAUUAGUAAGCUGGCAUGCACUUUCCCAUCGUUGAGAUGUACUGAGCAACAUAUAGAAGAGAAAACGCAUUAAGUAUUUAAAUAUCCCUGUGAGUCAUGUUGGACAGAUGCGAAGACAAAAUGCACAGCUUGUUUCAAUUUAUUUAUGUUCAUAAUACCAGCAGAUGAAUGUUUACAUGCGGUAAGGGCACUUGCCAUUCCAGAUUGUUAUGCACUCACCCCUCCUCUGUUCUUUUGGUUCAAUCAGCCUCGCUCCCCCACACGCCCCACCCCCCACUCCCCUGUUUGAGUAAUGGCCUGCAUUGCCUUCUUGUCACUGGGAGAGGUGGUGCUGCAUGGCUUGCCUCUGUCCUCCUGUUUCCAUGCGUGUCCUUUCAACCGACUAGGCAAUCCCAGCUGAUAUCUCUAUCGACCGCGAUUUAGCUGAUAUCGCUGCAGUCUCCCUUCCUCUCGCUGUGCUUCUGCCCCCUGCAAUCUCUCUCCCUCUUUGUUUCUCCCAUCCUCUCUACCUCCAAUCCCUCCCCCACUUUGUCUCCCUGUUUCCUAUAAUGUGUUCAUCCUCUCAAGUGUCAAUAUACUCCAAAUUCAUCAUGCCAUCAUAUUUCCUCACCCAAAAAAGCACAAGCAGCUCCAAAACUGUCAGAAUACCUCUGAACUCUGAUCAGUCAUAGCUAGGAAUAAGUCCUGCAUGGUUAAGCAGCGUGAGCUCUCUAACACUUGUAUACAGAUAUGAGGUGAACACGUCAGGCAGAGGAACAAAUUGAUUUGUAGUGUUAGAACAGCAAAGGUAUGCGAUGCAACGCUGGGAAAAGAAGGGCUUUGGAUGCAAGUUUUAGCCUAUAGCCUAAUGCAGUGAGCUGCAUUAUAUCAUUUUGACAGGUAUUUGUGUUUCCAUCAUUAUGUCUCUCGAUUCUUUAUGUUAGGAGCACGUCCAUACCAAUACCCUUGUGUUCAUUCUGUAACAGCUCUGACAGCUCACCUAAAUCAGGCUCCUCCUCUGCAGUAUGAUUCCUACGUGUUACUGCCAGGACCUGCAAGCCAGUGCGCUGUGAAUCUGUAGCAUGUAUUUAUUCACACAGCCCAUUUUCUUGCCUCACUAUUUCCCUGUGUGUUGGCGCCGUGGCUGCCUGUUUUCUCUUUCGUUGUCUCUUCCUCUCUCUCCCUCCCUUCUGCUAUCGCUCACCCACCCUUUCUCUCCCCGUGCCUCACUCAUUUGCUCACAGACUCUCUUUCUCAGACGCACACACACGCACACAAACACACACACAGGCACAUGCUGUGCCUCACUGGAUCAGAGCCUCUGACUACAGUAUGCCUUCAGAAGAGCUCCUUUAUCUUGCGUUCACUAGAGCACAACUCCAAGCCAAGGUUGUUUUUGCUGGGGUCCAGACUGUCCCGGAAUUUCACCCAUCCCGGAUUUAUUAUGAUACGACGGUUCUUUUUAAUUAGCAUAAUUUUUGCUGCAGCAGUUCAAGGCAGCAUCUCAGUGUCUGCCAUCCAAGCCAUCUCAUCUGAGAGGAAUCACCUUCCCUCCUCCAGAGACAGACACAUGCAGCAGUCACGUUAACUGUCUCUCAGUCAGAGGCAGAUCUGGACGAGGUAACGGGAGAGGAGGAAGGAAAAAAAGGAGCAGCAGUGAGGGGAAUGCAGCAGUAGUCUUUACUGCAUGAGACUGAGCAGGUGGAGCGCGAGGAAAGGAUCAUAUGUGCGUUUGAAAUAGAAACACUCGUGUGUGGAUCUGUGCCACACCAAAGGUAUAUCGUCCGCUGGAUUUGCUGCGUCUGUGCGAGAGUGAAUGAGGAGCUACUGAGAAAUUAUUUAUUUAUUUUCUGGAAUUUCUCUUUUACCGCGCUGCUGCAGAUACUGCUCCCUCUCUACCCCUCCUUCUCUCUCUCUCUCUCUCUCUCUCUCUCUCUCUCCCUGUCUCUCCCUGUCUCUCCCCCUCCCUAUCUCUGUUCUCCUGCCUUUCCCUGGCUAAAGGGGGAACAAAAGCGCUGGUUCCUGCAUCACCCUUCAUCGCUGCAUCUUCACUUGAGCAUAUUUUUAUCGCCUUGUCCUUUUUGCUUUAUGAAAUGAUCCAGUUUCCCACGGAAGCGUGUUAUGUCUUCUACUGCGGUGGAGGGGCGCUCUUCUUAGUGGGCAGGCUCAGCUGCCCUAAAGCUCUACCUGUGGGCGAUGGAGACUCUUAUCAGAAUUCUUGUCACAUGAAGCUCUGUCCUGCCACUUUUCAUGCCUAAAUAUCAUGGUUGAGCAACAUGCCUUUUUGAAAUAACAGGUGGAUUCAUCUCCAUUCUUUAUUUGGAUGUGUAUCUUUUUUUGCAUUUUGGAUACACUCGGCUCACUUUUUGAAGAAGGUGCUUUGGGAUGGUUUUCAAUGUCUUUUCUGUGCUGUAGACAUCUCGUCAUGGCAAAAUGUUAACCAAAAUUAGAUAAGUUGCUUGCUAUUCCUUUUCUUCCACAAGAACAUUUACUGGAUUUUGACUGCUUUUUAGAAAUCCAUUUUUUGGUUAUUUUUGUCACAAAUUCAAAGGAUAUUUUUCGUUUAUUGACCAAAUCAAGGGAUUAUAUAAGAAAUGGGCCCAGAUUGUCACUGAGAUGCCCUGUGGUCUUCAAGUUGAACUGCCAGAGACCAAAGCUUGGCUAAGUUGUCUGUCCUGGGCCCAUGAGGAUCUAAUAUACAUGGGUAGACUAUUUGCAGCCACCCCUGUGCUCGGACAGUGGAGCAGCUGGUCAUGCAGUAGCCUAGGUAUGGGCCUAAGUUAUUGUUCAAGACUAGCCUUCUGGUUUGCCCUGCUUACUCUACUCCCCAUCCAGACUGGAACAGCACGUGUGUCUUCUAGUCUCAGCACCACACACCAUGUCCACCAUUUUCACAAUAAGCAUGGCACCGUUCCUAUUGCCAUCAACAGGAUGCCUUUUCUUACCAGAGGGGGCCAUGCUGGUACCACGUACAUCUUUGGAAAAGGUGGGGCUCUCAUCACAUUCACCUGGGCCCCCAAUGAGAGACCGAGUACCCGAGCCGACCGGUUAGCCGUGGGCUUCAGCACUCAGCAGAAGGAUGCCAUCUUGGUGCGAGUGGAGAGCACCCAUGGGCUCGGAGACUAUCUUCAGCUGCACAUAGAUCAAGGAAAAAUUGGUGUCAUCUUCAAUGUGGGCACAGAUGACAUCACCAUCGAUGAGCCUGCUGUCAUGGUAAAUGACGGCAAGUACCACGUAGUGCGCUUCACACGCAGCGGUGGCAAUGCCACUCUCCAGGUGGACAACCAUCCAGUCAUUGAGCGUUAUCCACCAGGACACUAUGAUAAUGAGCGACUGGCUAUUGCCAGACAAAGAAUCCCAUACAGACUUGGUCGGGUAGUUGACGAGUGGCUACUCGAUAAAGGGAGACAGUUGACCAUCUUUAAUAGCCAGGCAGCUAUUAAAAUUGGUGGUCAUGAUAAGGGUCGGCCCUUCCAGGGUCAGAUUUCAGGGCUCUACUACAACGGUCUCCAGGUGCUCAAACUGGCAGCAGAAAAUGAUGCCAGCGUACAGGUGGAGGGGAACCUGCGUCUUGUCGGGGACUCGCUCUCUGUGUUGACCACCGACACUACGUCCGCCACCCCGAUGGCGGUGUCCGAUAUGUCUACCACAAUCAUGGAAACCACCACCACCAUGGCUACCACCACCACCCGUAGGCAGCGAUCACCCAGCUUGAGGGAGAGCAUAUCAAAGCCGCAGAACUCUGAUGAUAUUUUGGUAGCAUCAGCCGAGUGUCCGAGUGAUGAUGAGGACCUUGAAGAGUGUGAACCAGGAACAGGAGGUGAAUUAGUGUUGCCUAUUAUAACAGUGGAUUCCCUUGAGCCCCCAUCCAUCGCCACCCGUUACCCUGUCAUCCCUCCUCCCCCAACCCUCCUAUCCCCACUUGAAACCACCAAAGAGUCCUUGAUACUCCCUCCUCACCCUUCCUGCCCCCCGGACCAGGAGGACUGUGGUGACCCUGUGGAGGUCUCGGCCUUUGGCUCUGGGGAAAUGACGGAAUCAGAUGACGAAGACUUUUACAAUAAUAAAUCCCCAAUGGUCACUGACAGGACAGUCCUUCCUCCACCUCCCACUGCUGGUGAGGGUGGAGCCCAGAAACCCCGUCCCAUACCUCCUUAUGUUCCCACCACCAACCCUGACCAGCUCCACAUCCCCGCAGGCAAAAUGAACACCCGUGACCAGGUGCUUCUUCCUCCUGCUCCUCCUUCUUCCCGAAACACACCAGGGCUAACUUACCCCCCCAAUUUUCCUCAUGUGCCCACAGCCAAUCCCACAGCCUCUGAUGAAAAGAGCCAACCCGGUGCCGUGGAGGUGAUCAGGGAGUCCAGUAGCACCACGGGGAUGGUGGUUGGUAUUGUGGCUGCUGCUGCUCUCUGCAUUCUUAUCCUCCUCUAUGCCAUGUACAAGUACCGCAACCGGGACGAGGGCUCCUACCAGACAGACCAGAGCCACAAUUUUGCCAACAAUUCCACUGUGGAGGGCAACGGGGCAGUAGUCAAAGACAAAAGCACAGCAACGGCCUCUGUGGCUAAGGCAAUCACAAAGGGCAAAAAGAACAAAGACAAAGAAUAUUACGUCUGAGAAGGGAUAAUGACAGAAGUGUGGACUGAGACAAGAGGAUGAGAGAGGAUGCUUUCGUUUCGCUCCCCGAUUUUGUUGGGUCGACCAUCAGAGAAAUUUCACAGGCCACAAGAAACAACUGCACAAAGCAAUGCUUGCUUUCGACAAUUGCAUUUUUUCUCAAAAGUCAAGGUUGCCCAGCUCCUAUUAGUGAAAAAAAUCCUCAUAUACAAGACAUGAUCUGACUAAUUAUCUGGGUCACAAUGUGCACUCAGUCUGCAUUCACCAAUUCUUUGUUAGUGUAUCAUUUGUAUGUCUUCAACGAGCGAGGCAGAGGCAUACCCACUUUGGCUUUGUAUAUAGCAUGGUACAGUGAAGGGCGUGCUGAGAACAUCCGGACAGAUUUGCCUAAAUGUUUUCUUUGUACUUCUUUGUAAUACUCUAUCUCAAGUCUCAAUGUCCCCAUUAUGAUAUAUGAAGCAGAACAAGCCAGUUAUUGAAUUGUUAUGGUAGAUGAGCAGAGAGCACUGCAGUAAGUCUGACUACACUCGAAAUAAAAGCCCUUAUAUUUGGAUAAGACAUCAUUUCUACAGCCUCCAUGUUAGGUUACGUAGUUUUAAAACUCCCCAGUGACGCUUCCUCUGUCCACAAGAGAUGGUAUUAUGUUUCUAGUGCAGUAUCAUGAAGGAAGCAUGAUAUUUAGCUCUCCGGGAGAAAAAGACAGCAUUCUAAAGGGAAUAUUGAAUCACUUAAUAUAGUCUGGGCAAUGAACCUUAUAGUAUGAUGGAUCAGAAACAUUAUUUAUGUGAGAUAUCACAGUCAGUUUUCCCUGCCAGUAUUCCAAAUAGGGACAAUUGUGAACAAGUCAGUCUACACCAGUGAAGGUAUUUCUCUGUAAACAUUGCUUGUAAAUGUACAUAUAGAGGUUAGCAGAUUGAAAAAGCAUUGUGUACGCAGGGGAGCAGGUGUGAAGAAAAUGAACGUGCGAGAUGCUCUCCCCCCCACACCCCCACACACACGAUAGUGCAAUGACGUCAAAAUUGCUGCCGCCCGAACUUCACAAGACUUUGGCUGGGAAACCUCGUUUCGAGGUUUAUCUUGUUGGAGCAACCUCCCUCACCAGAGGCUGGAUCACUCUUGAUCUCCUCCUUUCUCAAAACUGUUAUGGGAUCAUUUAAAAAGCACACAGAAAAUGUAAACAUAUCUUUGAGACAUAGAUAUACCUUGUAAAGCAGCCAAACAUGUAUUGUUUUUUUCUAUCAGUUACUAAAAGACUAUCCUAUGAGAUGAAUAAUUGAAGGUUUGUGAAUCGUAUUGAUAUUUCUCUGAUAUUUGAUGUAUCUUGUUACCACUCCUCUUGACACGUUACAUUUUUAGAUUGCCUUUUACUUAAAUCCAGACAAAAAGCACACUUUCCUCAGAUAGCCGCAAAUACCUUUUGUUUUUGCAUUAUUUACGGUUCAGAUUAUGCAGAGAAAACACAAGGAUGGAAAAAAAACAAAUGUUUUUUUUUGUUGCAUUGUGCAUUUUUUUAUGUGCUGAAUCUGUUACUCAAUGGAUCUGAUAAUAUAAAGCCAUUUUCUCUGUUGAAUUAUGUCUACAUUUACUUAUUCAUGCUCUGUGAUUUCCUGUUAUUUUUUAUGAAAGUGCCAUUCAACAUGAGCUGCUCAGCGUUCAGAAAAUAUUCCAUUCCUCACUCAUUGCUAUUGUAUAGUGUUCAUGUGAAAUGGAUCUUAUUAAUAUAUGUACAGAACGUGGAUAAAGAUGAAAAUACACUUGAUUAUAUACUUUGUACACACCUGUGUUGUGUGUUGCUUUUUUUUAGAUUCACAAAGAAAAUGCACUUUAUUUGCCCUUCAUUAUUGAACACAGACAAAAAUGAAUUGAAAGGUGAAGGGAAUUCAGUGUGACUGACAUGAAUUAGGAUUUCAGGUACAGUUGUGGUAUAAAUAACGGUAUACGGCCACCAUUUUCUAAAAUGAAUGUUAUGUACUUGUCUGUCUACUCGUGAUUAAGCUUUUGGAGUUGUGAAUCUAUUAGGAUAAAAUAAACACAAUGAAUUAUAAAUGAAGCAAUUUUAUAGGGGUCACACUUUGCUAACAGGACAAGUUAACACGUUUAACAUGAAAAAAAAAUGCAUUUUACAUCACAUUGCAGGUCAUGAUGUGUUUUAAAAAUGUGUCUUACACUUCAGUUUCAUCAUCAUCCACUCUCUCUCUCUCAUCCUCCCUCGGGCGCUGCGUAGUUCUGGUGUGUUAGUGAUGCCUGAAUGUCCAGUAUUUAUUAUAAAAUAAAAUGUUUAAUUGUUAUCGCUGCACCUUACACCUGCUGCUGUCUAGAUCAGGUCUCCAAUUAAAAAAUAAUAUUUGACUGAGGCUGAUUUGGACACAUGAAGCUUGAAAUACCCUAAAUAUUAAGCUAUUUGAAUCCCGGUAAGGGCCACUAAUGAUUCACAGCAAAGUGUGAUCGGGUCAGGUCACGGCCUUUGUUGAAAGUGACAUCGUUUGAGUCCAUUAUUAACAGUGGUGUAUAGUUACUUGUAGUAAAAAGAUGUGCUGGUCUGCCAGACAAAGAGAAAAAAACUUUAAAUGUCGGGCGGUGAUGGAGCCAGUUUUGUGAGAGCUUGACCUAUAUUAGGGGACUAGAAAGUCAGCAUAUACUGUAUCGGCCUCUGUUGCAUUGAUUUUAUUCAUUCUUUCUUUUCCAUCGGUCUCUGCAGUUUCCUAAAAUGCAAUGCUAAAUUUCUGGAGAACUCCUUUUAUAAGUAGAGAAAGAUAUUGUAACUACCAUAUUGAACAUUGUUAGUCACAGAGUGACAUACCAUACCACUAGUGACGUUUACAGCAUUUUGUCUGUAUCACAUGAAUCCGUUUUUCAUAAUUGCUUUUUGUCCAGUAAAUAUUAAACUAUAAUAUGCAUAUGUAUGCUUUCCAGCAUAAAUUGUGUUAUAUGCACAAUACGCAAAUCAAGGCAGAAUAUCUAAUUAUCCAAAGGUAUUACCGUAAUUUCAUUAGCCCUGUCCUCUGGAUUGCUUUGUGUCCCUACUUGCUGGUUAUUUCCAAUAAAAA